AUGAGCGAGGCGAUCCCGUCCACCCACCCGGCGCUGCGCCACUGCGUCGCGCUCCUCCGCCUCCACCUCGCCGCGCCAUCCCUCGCCGCCGCCAAGCAGAUCCACGCGCGGGGGCUCCGGGCCGGGGUGCCACCCUCCCACCCGCUCCUCGCCAAGCACCUCCUCUUCCACCUCGCCUCCCUCCGCGCGCCGCAGCCGCCGCUCCGCUACGCCGUCGCGGUCCUCUCCCGCCUCCGGCCGCCGGACCCGUUCCCCCUCAACACCGUGCUCCGCAUGGCGGCGGGCUCCACCCGCCCGCGCGUCGCGCUCGCGCUCCACCGCCGCCGCCUCGCGCCGCCCGACACGCACACCUACCCGCCGCUUCUCCAGGCGUGCGCGCGCCUCCUCGCUCUCCGCGAAGGCGAGUGCCUCCAUGCAGAGGCCGCCAAGAACGGCUUCUCCACGCUCGUCUUCGUCCAGAACUCGAUCGUCCACCUCUAUGGCGCGUGUGGCCUGUUCGAGAGCGCGCACAAGGUGUUCGACGAAAUACCGGUCCGUGGGCGGAACCUCGUCUCGUGGAAUUCGAUGCUUAACAGCUUUGCAGCCAAUGGGCGCCCUAACGAGGUUCUGACUGUCUUCCGAGAUAUGCUGGGCAUCGACUUUGAGCCAGAUGGAUUCACCAUAGUCAGUGUUCUAACUGCUUCUGCAGAGAUUGGGGCGCUUGCUCUUGGGAGGAGGCUGCAUGUGUAUGUGGUAAAGGUUGGGUUGGUGGACAAUUCGCAUGUGAGCAACGCGCUGAUUGAUCUGUACGCCAAAUGUGGUAGUGUCAGUGAUGCAAGGAAGAUUUUCGAUGUUAUGGGGUUGGGGAGGACCGUUGUCUCAUGGACUUCGUUGAUUGUAGGGCUGGCAGCGAAUGGGUUUGGGAAGGAGGCACUUGAGCUUUUCAGUGUGAUGGAGAGGGAGAAGCUUGUACCAACUGAAAUCACUAUGGUAGGAGUGUUGUAUGCUUGUAGUCACUGUGGGUUGGUUGAUGAUGGAUUCAAGUAUUUCGAUAGGAUGAAGGACGAUUACAGUAUUGUACCAAGGAUUGAGCAUCUUGGAUGUAUGGUGGACUUGUUGGGGAGAGCAGGAAGAGUUGAGGAGGCUUACAACUAUAUCAUCACAAUGCCACUGGAACCCAAUGCUGUUGUGUGGAGGACCUUGCUGGGUGCUUGUGCUAUGCACAAGAAGCUGGAACUUGGGAAGGUUGCUUGGGCACGGUUAGUUGAGCUUGACCCUGGUCACAGUGGCGACUAUGUGCUCCUCUCCAACCUUUAUGCUGCUGUUGGGCGGUGGGCAGAUGUUUAUGUGCUUAGGAAGACAAUGGUCAAAAAUAGAGUCAGGAAAAACCCUGGGCAUAGCCUUGUCGAGCUCCGCAACUCCGUAUAUGAGUUUGUUAUGGGUGACAGGUCACAUCAUGAGAGUGAACAGAUAUACAAAAUGCUGGCUGACAUAGCUGAGAGAUUGAGGCAGGAAGGUUACAUCCCUCGCACAAGUAAUGUAUUGGCAGAUAUAGAGGAGGAAGAGAAAGAGACCGCCUUAAACUACCAUAGUGAGAGGCUGGCUAUUGCAUUUGCCUUGCUGAAGUCUCUUCCUGGCAUUCCUAUCAGGAUAAUAAAGAACUUGAGGAUGUGUGGGGACUGUCAUGUUGCAAUUAAGCUAAUAUCAAAGGUUUAUGAUCGUGAAAUCAUUGUCAGGGAUCGCAGUAGGUUCCACCAUUUCAAAGGGGGAACAUGUUCGUGCAAAGAUUAUUGGUAGUUGAUUCAUGUAAAAAAUUGACAGUGAUAAAAACAUGGUUUAUGAGAUUGCCAUAUGAUCAGAUAACAAGCUCUGUAAAAACCUUGAUGAUGGACACUGAACACAGAUGGUAGAAGUAAGGGAACUACAGAGAUAUGAGGCAUUUUCUGCAGACGACCCAGCAAUUAUUGUGUUGAUAUUCUUAUAAGUUUCUGCAGCAGGCGCACGCGUUGCGCCACACGAGAAGGCGGAGUCGGCGACGCCGAUCCCUACGCUGUCACCACCGGAGGGCAACAUGACGUUCGUCGACGGCGUGACGUGGUGCGUGGCGCGGCCGGGGGUGUCACAGGCGGACCUCCAGAACGCGCUGGACUGGGCGUGCGGCCAGGGCGGCGCCGACUGCACCCCGCUGCAGCCCGGCGGCCGGUGCUACCAGCCGGACACCCUCCUGUCCCACGCCUCCUUCGCCUUCAACAUCUUCUACCAGCAGAACGGCAACUCCGACAUCGCCUGCAACUUCGGCGGCGCCGGUACCAUCAUCAAGAGGGACCCAAGUUUCGGAUCAUGCAAGUUCCAGGCAUCCGAGACUUCUGCUGCAUCAGCACUGACGCGAGGAAGCAUGUGGAUGAUCUGCGCAGCUGCGUCUCUGAUCGUUCUCCAUCUCAGAGUUCUCCAAUCAGUGUGAAAUGUGAAUCGAGUCGAUGGUUGUAUGUCCUGAAGUUACCAAAGAGAUUGUGGUGGUGAUUUGGUUCGCUUUUGUAGUAUAUAUACUUGUGUAAGAAGCAAGGAACAGUGCUAGUUUUUUUCGUGUAAUCAUGUGAAGACUAUAUAUAUUAGGCGCGGUGUUUACUCAGUAAUAAGUGAUAUUGUAGUUAGCAAGAGUUCGU